AUGAAUUACUUACGUGCUUCUUCUCCAUCGCAGCUAACAAAAAUUAUUGCCAAACCAUCAUCGUUAUUUUUAUUAAAGAAAACUUUUACUACAUUUCCAGCAUUAUUCAGUGAUGUAAGCGUUAAAAGCAUAUCAUCUGUUACACCCAAUAUAGCAGUUGCUGAUAAUAAAACAACUGUAAAACCAAAUAUUCCCAGUGUUAAUUUGAAAUCUUUAAAAUUAAGUAACGAACUAUAUGCUAUUUUUAAAAUUCAUAACAGACCAUAUUUAGUUACUGAAGGUGAUAAAGUUAUUUUGCCAUUUAAGAUGAAAAAUGUUGAAAUCGGUGAUAUUUUGCAAUUAAAUGAUGUUGUAACCAUUGGCUCAAGAAACUACAAGUUGGUUGAUUACCCAAUAGCUUCAAAUUUGUAUUCCUUAAAAGCAGUUGUUUUAGAAAAAACUAAGAGACCAAUGAGAAUCAGAGAGGUUACUAAACAGAGGAAUAGAAAAGUUCGCCAUGCCAUGAACAAGGCUGAUUUAACCAUUUUAAGAAUUACUGAAUUGAAAAUUAAAUAG